GCUGCUGCUGUGAGCGCAGCCCCGUGCGCUCAUGUCAUUCCGCUGUAAGUGACUUCAUGUGAUGUCAGCUAAAUGUAAAAGACAGUGAUCUCACGCGGAGGGAAGAUGUUGGCUAUCAAAAUGUGACAGUGUAGCCCUGCUGCAUGCUUCGUACGCAUCUCUCUCCUCGGCGCCGGAGGAGAAAGAGUUAAGCCCGGAGCUCCGUCGCCUGGGAGGGAGGCCGGCUUCGCCCCCCACCCCCACCCUCCGCGCCCCAGCACCCCUGCUCCCUUCCUACCGCUGGAACCCGCAGCAACUUUUCCUCGAGAUGGCGAGCUCGACUUCCCUCGAGACCAUGGUGCCAUCGUCCUGUUCCCGGACCGGAGCCUCCAGCGCCACGUCCAAAACCUUGGCCUUCUCCAUCGAGAGGAUCAUGGCCAAGACUUCGGAGCCCAAGCCCCCCUUCGAACCCCGGGGGCCCGGGGGCCUGGAGGUGGACGGGGGCGCCAAGAAGAUGCUCAGCCUCUGCUCGUCCUUGCCUUGUAUGAUCCCCAUCCAGCCCCUGGGCUACGAGAUGCAGUCCAAGACUCUGCUCAACUACACCGAGCUUUGGAAGAGUAGCCUCCGGGGAGGCGGCGGAAGCAGCGGAGGAGGAGGAGGAGGUAGCGGCGGCGGAGGAGGUGGCGGCGGAGGCGGCGGUGGCGGCGGGGGCAGCGGGGGACCCCAGCUCUGCGGCGCCAGCGGCUUGUGCAAAGCGAACUGCGGCAUGUGCUGCAAAGCGGAGCUGAGCCUGGCCCCGUCCGUGCUGCCCACCGGCAGGGUCAUCAAACCUCAGGUCAUCAACCAGGCCGUGGGGCUGCCGGCCAAUGGCUCCCUCUAUUACUUCAACUACCUGGAGUCUUCGGCGUAUCCCCCUUCGGAGCUGCUCAACGGGCACCUCUUCCCCUCCAGCAUCCUCAACUCCCAGUCCCCGGCGUCCCUGGCCACCCACCAGAAACUCUUCUUGCUGGAGAACGCCAAGCUGGCCACGUUGGCCGCGGACAAGUUUCCCCACGGCCCUUACCCCCACAAAGAGCGCCUGCCCGGGCAGCUGGACCAGGUGAUGAAGGAGAACACGGCGCUGACGGCGGAGCGGAACGGAGCCAAGAGUCACGGCAAACUGGCGGCCAACUCGGCGGACGGCAAGCCCAAGAACUUCACCUGCGAAGUGUGCGGCAAGGUGUUUAACGCUCACUAUAACCUCACUCGUCACAUGCCGGUCCACACGGGAGCCAGGCCGUUUGUCUGCAAAGUCUGCGGGAAGGGCUUUCGGCAAGCCAGUACUUUGUGCAGACACAAAAUCAUCCACACCCAGGAAAAACCUCAUAAAUGCAACCAGUGCGGCAAAGCCUUCAACCGGAGCUCCACGCUUAACACGCACAUCCGAAUCCACGCGGGCUACAAGCCUUUCGUCUGCGAAUUCUGCGGGAAAGGGUUCCACCAAAAAGGAAACUACAAAAAUCACAAACUGACUCACAGUGGGGAGAAACAAUACAAGUGUACCAUCUGCAACAAGGCCUUCCACCAGAUUUAUAACUUGACUUUUCAUAUGCACACCCACAACGACAAGAAGCCUUUCACAUGUGCCACUUGUGGGAAAGGAUUUUGCAGAAACUUUGAUCUAAAGAAGCACGUGAGGAAACUCCACGACAGUGUGGCCCCUGGAGCCCCCUCCACAAAGGACUUGCCCCGGACAGUGCAGAGCUGAAAGCUUCAGCUCCAAGCAGGAUCUGUUUCCUCUCCCUCCACAUCGCCUGCGCCUCAGAGAUUGGAGAGAGACACUGAUUUCUAAGAUUUAAAUAGAUAUAUAUAUAAAUUUAUAUAUAUAUAUAUAUACAUACAGCAGAGAGGUUAGAUCUAUUUAUCGAGACCAACAUCUAUUUUGGAAAGCUAAAAUGUCUCCCUAUGAGUGGGGAGCAGAAUUGUGCAAACAUACUCCCACCCCCACCCCCCACAAGUGUACAUAGACGGGGAGACUCAGCAAAAGUGAAGUCUUGGACCUCAGGGCUCCCCCAGACAUUUUAUUGAGGGGUGACAGUGGGUGGGGGAAGGAUAAACUAAACCUAACUUUUCAACACUGACUAAAUAUAAGGGAGCUGCAUUAUAAGCCCAUCCACUUUCUACAUUUCUGUAAAUUUCCAUGUAUGAUUGAUUAAGAAAUAUAUCUAUAUAUGAUUAUAAUAAACCGAUUUCAUUGGCAAGAAUCUUCUUUGCCCUCUCCCCAGCAUCGGGAGAAGGUGUUGGAAGGAAAUAUGUCUUUCCUCUUCCAUCUUAUUUCCUUCCUAUUUUCUAUCCAUUCUUUCCUUUUUCGUUUCCCUCCCCCUUUCUUCCCUCCUUCCCUCCUUCUAUUUCUCUCCUACUCUUUCUAAUUUCCUUCCUUUCUUCCUCCUUUCCUCCUUUCUUAUGGCUGAUGUUCUGACCAUAUUUCUAAAAGUUAUCUUUUGUAUUUUUCAAGCCAGCCGGAGCUUGACUGAAGGAGAUGCGCUGGAACCCGAGUGGGGAGAGAAACAUCCAAACGAUUGUGAGGGGCCCUUUGGUAACUGAGCUGACACACGAGUGGGCCGGGAGGGGAGGUAGUUUCUAAGCAACUUGGUUUCCUCUGUGAUUGGGGAGAGGGAUACAAAAACAUCGAGAUCCUCGGUUUUAUUUUGUUGUAUUGGGUUUAACUAACGAACGGCCUACGGUGAGAUGAGCCUUCCGAAGGAAAGGAAAACUCAUGGCAGGAUAUUGAAUUUCUUACGCAGGACCAGGGGAGAAAAGCUUGCGUGUUGUGGGGGGGAAUUACACAGUGUAGCCGGCCCAGGAAGCACCUGUUUGCUGGACUGCUCUGCGGGGAGAAGUUCCUUCUGUAUGUCUAGCUGGGGAAGUUGGUGAGGAAAAGUGGGAAGAGAGGGGGAGAAGGGAGGGGGGGAGCGGCGAUGACGGCGCGGUGCACGUAGGUGCGCCCCUGGCAGUACCGCCGUUCUCCCAACAGUAUUGGCCCGCGCGCAUUUCCGGUCUAUUCCUCCUCCUCCGUUCAUUUCCUUACCUGGGCGUCCGUUCCCAAGCUUGUUUUACUUGCUACUCCCGUAAAUCCCGGCAAGGCCAAGGGCUCUCUCCGAGAUUGCCAACACCGUGGGCCCUUGCCUCAAGGACCUGCCCCCCAAACUUAGCUGGGAACUUCCAUCUCCCUCCCUCCCUCUCUUUUUCCUUCUUUUUAAAGGCCAGUGGCUACAGGGACUAAUGGCCUGGCGUCCAACCCUGAGGGAGAAAAAUGUCCGGGACAGAGAAAGCAAGCGGGCCCUUUCCAAAUUGGGACUCCAGAGGCCCGAAUACUUGAGACCAAGGAGCCGCCAACCAGGUCCCUUUUCCAUCCCCGUUCCCUCCUCAUCUCCCAACUUCCCAUCAUCCAUCCAAGCAAAUACUCUCUCUCGCAGGACAGAAGAAAGCUAGUGGGGCUCACCUCAGAGCCUUCCGCAACAACCCCGUCUCCAUCUUAUCUUCUCCAAUUGGCAUGAAAUAAUAUUUCCAAGAACAACAAGAAUCUCACUCCUCUCAUCUUUUUCGAUGGAGUUCAAAUGGAAAGGAUCCCGGGUUGUUGCCAUCCUGCUAUUAUCUAACAUUUAAUGUUCCGAAGACUAUUAUUAAUCGGGCAUUUAAGGCGGGGGUCUUUCUCCCCCACUCCCGAAUUAAAGUCGCCUGAAAUGCGGGAUAAUGACGGUUUUCAUAAUCUAACAUGUCACCUUUUGGUCCUUUAAUUAAGACGCAUUUAAACAA